GGGCGCAGCCGGCCAGCGAGCUCCGGAGAUCGACUGCCCGCGCGCUCACUUCCGCGUCCCGCCGCCGGCCGCCGCCAUCGGACAAUGGGCCGCGCGCCGCGGCUGCAGUGAGCUCGGCUGGAUCCGGCCGCCUGCCCGCCCGCCCCAGGCCGGGGGCUGCCCAGUGCGUUUGCAAGUUCGGUUGCCAGACGUGGAUGUGAGCUUACUUUUUCUGGGUACGUUCUCUGUCUUCUUUCGCCUGUUUUGGGUUUUAUGACUUGGAGAAGGGAACUUUUCUAAGCAGGCCGGGCAGGGACUGAAGGCUACUCUGCCCCCACGUGGACUCUCCCCAGGGGAAAAGAAGUCUGAAAGUAAACUUAGCGCCGCAGGCCUGAAGGCCUCAACUUUGGCUGGACUGAAAGUUUUGGAGUCAUGACCUUCUCGCUGAGCAGGUGGGAAUCUUUAUCUGCCUUGGGCUGGACCUGAAACCUCGACCAGCACCCAACUCUCCCCCACCCCAUACACACCUUGUACCAGGCUAGGCCCCGGACACUGAUCUACAACAUGGAUAAAUACGAUGAUCUCGGCCUUGAGGCCAGUAAGUUCAUCGAGGACUUGAACAUGUAUGAGGCCUCCAAGGAUGGGCUCUUCCGGGUGGACAAGGGUGCUGGCAACAACCCAGAAUUUGAGGAAACUCGAAGGGUGUUCGCGACCAAGAUGGCCAAAAUCCACCUCCAACAACAGCAGCACCAGCAGCUUCUACAAGAGGAGGCCCUACCUCGGGCAGUCAGAAGCCCUGUCAACGGUGGGAACCGUCAGGGUGUGAGCAGCAAGCUGGCUGCAGAUGGGGCGGCUAAGCCUCCUCUGGCUGUGCCAACAGUGGCACCUAGCUUAGCUACCACCACUGCGGCCGUGCAGCCCUCAUACCCAUCCCAGGAGCAGAGGACCAGGCCAUCUGCCCAUGGUGCAAGACCUGGCAGUCAGAACUGUGCUUCCAGGGAGGGGCCUGUGAGUUCCCAGAGACCUGCUUUACACGGUCUGGGUCCCUGUGAAGACCCUUCCUGCCUCACUCACGGAGACUAUUAUGACAAUUUCUCUUUGGCAAGCCCACAGUUGGGUGAUAAACCAGAGGAAUCCCCUAGCAGCACGAGUCUGAGUGUAGGGAGUGGAUGGCCUGGUUGCCCAGGGAAUGAUUCCCAAUUGCCCAGAUCCUGUGGGGACCGUCACCCUUACCAGCCACAGCUCUCUGUAUGCUCUGGCAGGUCUUUUGAAAGUGGCAUAAGUGGCCAAGACGGUGGCAUGGGUGGCCAUAGCAGUGAGAAGCCAACAGGCCUUUGGUCCACUGCCUCCUCUCAGCGUGUGAACCUCGGCUUUUCUUCCAUGGGCUUGGAGAAUGGGACCUCAGCUCAACCCAAGGGCACAACUGUUUCAGCACCGAUGGUCCCUAGCAGCGCUAGCCAAGGAGCUUGUCCCAGAAGAGAUUCAGGUCUGGGAUAUGAGGCUUCAGGCAGGGUCUUCAAACCCCUUGUGGACACUCAGCCUUGGCUCCAGCAUGGGCCUGAGUCUUACCUCUCUGUUUCUGCUCCAUUAUCCUCAACAACUGGCACGGACAGUGCCCAGUCAGGUGUGACCACUGGGCUGGAUGCUAAGCUUGGAUGCGUGGAGUCUGGCACUAGUCCCAAGCCCAGCCCCACCAGUAAUGUCCAUCCGGUAAUGUCCACUCCGUCUGAGUUAUCUUGUAAAGAGAGUCCUCCCAGCAGGUCCACUGACAGUAGCCUGGGACCUGUGCUCCCAGAGAGCCCCACCCCCUCCAGGGUGAGGUUGCCCUGCCAGACCCUUGCACCAGGCCCAGAGCUUGGACCCACCACUGCGGAAUUGAAAUUAGAAGCCCUUACCCAGCGUCUGGAGCGAGAGAUGGAUGCUCACCCCAAAGCAGACUACUUUGGAUCCUGUGUGAAAUGCAGCAAAGGAGUGUUUGGAGCUGGCCAGGCCUGUCAGGCCAUGGGGGAUCUCUACCACGAUGCGUGCUUCACCUGUGCAGCCUGCAGCAGGAAGUUAAGAGGAAAAGCCUUCUAUUUUGUCAAUGGCAAAGUAUUCUGUGAGGAAGACUUUUUGUACUCUGGUUUUCAGCAGUCUGCGGACAGGUGUUUUCUUUGUGGACACUUGAUCAUGGACAUGAUCCUACAGGCCCUUGGGAAGUCCUAUCACCCUGGCUGUUUCCGCUGCGUCAUCUGUAAUGAAUGUCUGGAUGGGGUUCCUUUCACCGUGGACUCUGAAAACAAGAUCUACUGUGUCCGAGAUUAUCACAAGGUGCUGGCCCCCAAGUGUGCAGCCUGUGGCCUUCCCAUCCUUCCACCAGAGGGCUCAGAUGAGACCAUCAGAGUUGUGUCCAUGGACAGAGACUACCAUGUAGAAUGCUACCACUGUGAGGACUGUGGUCUGGAGCUUAAUGAUGAGGACGGUCACCGCUGCUAUCCACUGGAGGACCACCUGUUCUGUCACUCCUGCCAUGUCAAGAGACUGGAGAAAGGGCCCUCACCUGCACCCCUCCACCAACACCGCUUCUAGCAAAGGGACACAGUGGGCAUGCGGGGACAGCCUGCCUGGGAGGUGUCUGUGUAGCACUUCUGAGCUCCCCCGCAGCUAGGGCACAGGAAGAGGAGGGACAGGAGGUAGAGUUCCUGUGUGUGUGAAGGGUGUCUUUCUUUUAACCGCAGCAGUGUGCACUCCUCAUCCCGUCCAUGUGUUUUCCACGUGCUUUUCUCUAUUGCCUCUCACUCGCCAAAUCACUCAGGAAGAUGCUCCAGCUUGCACAUGCACCUGACACAAGAUGGGGCCUGUGUAACUGGACACAUCCUACUCCCUGGAAAGCGGGUUUUCAGAUUGUGUUGAGCACAUUCCACAGUGUCCCUAGAGAAACUGACGGAGGUGAGCAGUACUUCCCUCCUCUAGGAGAAUGCCUGCACCCAGAUAACCCUCACACAGCCUGUGGCGUGGUUCAGUCCACAUCAGAGCUUUAGUUCUUCUGAGAAUGCUUUGAACAUUUGACUGUGUUACAGCAAGAAAGAGGCACUGCUUUGUGCCGUGGAGUUUGCUUGGUAAAGGAGAGCCAAGCUUAGACAUCUGGGAGGCUGGGUCUCCCUGUUGUGCCUCUGUCUUUCCUCCUGCACCUAAGACAGUGGAGCUGGGGCUCAGGGCUGCCCUGUCCUAUACAGCCAGCUCAGAGAGAACUGGUGCAGGCACCAGGCUUCUUGUUCACGCUCGGUGCUGUGUUUUCAUUGCUUCCUCCAGUCUGUGGCAUUAGAGUUGCUUCCUCAAGGUGAGUUUGAGGAUCUCAUGCCUUCACGUCCCUGUCAACGUUUUCAACUUAUUUGAGCAUGACCGUUGGGAAUUCCAUAUCCUGGGAGAGAGCUCCUUCUAAAAGGAAACUUUUGUGUGUGAGAUCUCAAAGCUAGCACCAGAGGGAGUGCCUGAGCUUGUUUCAAAGGUGUCUCUCUUGUGCACAGACGUUCAUUUGGUUUGAGGAAACCAAUACAAGGUACACUGCUUUAGUCUGUUUUUUAAAACUUCGUUAUUUCUCUCUACCUUUGUCCACACACAAAACAUACCUCACAGAUAGUUUUCACCAAAUCACUGAUCAAAGAGGAAUUCAUCAUAUUGGAGACUGUUGGGGUAUCAGCAGUGGCCAUUUUCCAACUUGACUACAGCUAAGCAGUAUAGUCGCAACACAAGGUCUUCUGAGACCAGAUGCAACUGAAAUCAGGCCUUGUGCCUCUGCAUUGCUGGCUCCUGAGGUAGCCAGGCUAAGAGGGAGACAGGGUGCUGACAAUGUUAGGACCGCUUCUGAGGUGGAUAUGUGGACAUACCUGUCCUCCCAACAUUUGAGAGGCUGAAGUUUGUGAAGUAGGAGAUUAGGUCUGUCCUCAACUACAUGAGGCCAUGACCUCACUCAAAAAAGAAAAAAACUUAAAAAGAGAAAGGAAAAAAGCAACAAAAACCCACCUAGCACUGAAGAAUAUAAUUAACUUUGCCUAUCACUUCCUGAGGCCAGAGGUCAGUGUCUCCUUGGAAGUUCAAAUGGGUAAAACUGGAAAAACAACAAUGAAAUGGGUUUCCACCUGCUGUCUUAUCUUCAGGGAGCGCCCCAUGACUUGUGGCAGGAAGGCUGGAGUAUCUCACUUCAGCAGUCAGGCUGGGUACCCAGCAGCUGGCUUGGGUGGUGAACCAUUGUCCCUAGAGCCUCUGCCACGUGUGAAUGUGGACUCCUUACUAGGCCUCGGCUACACCUGUAGGCUCUUGCAAUCCUGCUGGCCUCCAUUGCCUGUGAGAAGCUCAGGACUAGGACUGUGGACUGGGACCAUCUUUUUCAUUUUUAUAAAGUUCCUUCUCUUGGGGUCCUUUGGCCAGACGUUACUAGUUUCCUGUUCUAGACAGAGCUACUUAAAAAAUAAAGCUAUGGCUAUAUGGGUCAGCAGAGAUAGACCCUGAGGCUAGCCAUGUUUUUUCUCUUGUAGUUACCUAGGUUGGCUUUGGCGAGGCUGGCAGGGAACGAGAAAAUAUGUCUUUGCCUUCACUGAGGCUCUGGUAUAGUCUAAUUUUGAGUCAAGAUGAUUGAUGAAAAUUGCAUUGGAAUUAGUGUCAGAAGAAGAUGGGAUUUGUUUAUAAAUUGGAUAAUUUAAAACUCUGUGAUUAAUUUUUAAAUGAAAUUCCUGAUUGAGGUGAUUCAGAUCUGUUUGCAAAUUUUAUAUUAUCGAAAAAGCAAUAAAGGAAUUUGCAAACUUCCCAGAA